CUUAAUUGUGUUACUUUUUAAAAGUUAAAUGUUUAAUGAAUGCUGUUUGCUUGUGGAUUCAAAUGUGACUCAAAGGUCCAUUUUUGUUACCUUCUUUUCAAAAUGGGAAAGAUGAGAGAACAUAGAAUUCAAGUAAGGAAGAUGUACGCCGCUCUUAAUACAUCAGGAAACGGGUAAUUGCCUGAACUUACCAAUAUCUCAAAUGCUGUGAUAAAAAGUUGACAAGGUCGAACAAGGACUCUAGUUUAUUCUUCCAUCUAAUGCAGCGAGGAUGACUUUAAGGGAGUUAAACACUUAAGGCUUGUUACCAGGGGUAAAUGAUCAGGGUUAUGAUCAGGUUGACAUCCAGAUGUGAGCAAUGAGCUAGAAUCCUCAGUUUAGGCAUUUGUUUCUUAAAUUUUUCCAAUGUGUUUAAAAUGUGAUAACAGCUUCCUGAAUUGUGGUCUUCCUAUGAUUUGAGAAGCGUGUGUGUGUGUGUGUGUGUGUGUGUUUGUGUUUGUGUGAGAGAACGAGCCAGUGUCGGGAGGGAGGGAGAACCAUGGAAUGCUGUGAUGUCAUCAGCCCAGUCACACACACACACACACACAAAGACGAGGAGGACCCACUGGCUCACUGACUCUCUGCUCAGUUAGCACACUGUGCUCUGGAGCGACGGCUCUCUACAUCCCACUGCUAAAGAAGACAAGAAGCUCCAACAGCAUGAGACUAUAAACCUUCGCCAUAAAACAUCCACAUCCAGCUGCUGGUCCGCGAGACUGUCCCACUACUUCUAGUUGCAUUAAGUUACCAAACCACUCCACUGCCAAAAUGCUGCAGCAAAUUUUAAAAGACAUGUACAUCGACCCAGACGUUCUGGAAGCUCUGAACGAGGAGCAGAAAAAGACUCUUUUCCUGAAGAUGCGACAGGAGCAGGUACGACGCUGGAAAGAGUGGGAGGAGAAACUGGAGAGGGAAGGAGACAACGUAGAGUCCAAGCGGGCCACACCAAGAAAAGCCAACAGUAAGCGCGUGAGCUGGCUGCUUGGCCGAGAUGGAGACGUUUCAGUCCUUGUAAUCAGAGAAGUGGAUGAACUGACCUCCAAAUUAAUCAACUCUGCAUUUGGGGACAAGAAGUUACCGAGUAUUCUGAACAACAUCUACCACCAAACUAUCUUGAAGAGCCAAGUGAUCACACAGGAGGGGAAAAGUGAGUGCCAAAACGUCCCUUCGGAAACACAACCUGGAAUCUCCUUGGACCUAAAGGAGAAACGUGAGGAAACCAGCACUUUAUGCCCUCUGCCGCUCCAGGAGAAGGCACCCAGUCCAACUGAGGUGAAGUCUGUUUCCCAGCCCCCCAUGUGCUCUAGGUCUCCCAAGAGAAGCAACGGCAUUAUUGUGAGACCAGCUUCUGCAAACCCCACACCGGGCUGUAUCAACACGAGGCCUGGCCUCAAGUUGGCAGCUUUUACGCCAUCCUUUUCCUCCAGCAGCACUGUCCAAUUAGAAUCUGCAUCAGCAUCUACUGCUAAAGGUAGCCUGUGCUCCGAGGAGCCCCAGAAGUCCCAAGAUUCACAGGCUGGUAAAGAUAUCGGCACACUGGAAAAAUUUCAGAGGGCUGACUCAUCAAAGGCUGUGCAAUCAUUGACUGCAACAGCUUGCACAGGGCGCGGCCGGGUGGCUCAUCUGAUGAAAACCUUCAAUCUUGACACCCCGGCAAUGGCCUCAUCUCGUGGCCAUAAGCCACCCCUUCCCACAAAGCCUGACCACUUGCGUCUAACAACCACACCUACUGUCAGGUAAUCAAUGAAUAACAAUGGACACCCUCUCACCCGGGUCUAAGAGACCUUCUGCUUGCGGGAUAGGAUGAUGUAAGAAACCAAAUGUUUAGCCUCAGUCAGAGAAUGGAGAACUCUGUUGCUCUGUUCCCAAAGCCCAGAGAGGCAAAUGUUUAAUUGUAAAGAUUUAUUUUAAUAUCAGAUGCUACAGUACUGUAAAUGGUCUUUAUGGGAAAGAAAUUCCAAAACAUUUGAUUGUAUUUGUAUGUCAUGUUUUGUAAGUGACAAUUCUUUUACCUUUUGUUACAUUUUCAAAAGAUUUUUCAUGGAUGCUUUCCACUUUGUAUGAAGAGGAACAAUAUUUACAGUUAAUUUAAUUCACACAUUAUGCACAAAUUAUAUCACCUGUUGCAUAAUUUUAAGCAAUUAUAAGACAUUUUCAUUUGCUCCUGCACAUAUACACAAGGCUGUGUUAUUUUCCUCUUGGUUUCUCUUUGUUUGAACAAAAGAAAGGGCCUGGGCACUAUAGAGGGGUGAAAGCAGGUACAGAAGGGUCCUCCCUCAUCUUACUGUCUCCUCCCAGGGAAUAGUGUCGGCUUGUUUAUUUGUCACACUGCGAUGUACGUCUCCCUCUGCCACCUGGCAGGAGUCUCACUGCAACUUGUGGACCAAUGACAGUGCCAAACGCACACUCAUCUGUCACUCCCAGUGGAUCAAAUCCUGGCAAGUUAGACAGUUGCUGCCAAAUAAUCCAGCUCUGUGCUAUACUGUUCUUUUUGUCAUGCCUUUUUUUGAAAUAUGAUCGGAUGUUGUUUGUUUUUAUUUUUUAUCUUUUGUAUAUGGAGGCACAAUUUGUAAUGGGGAAAUUUGACGUUAGUACAAUGGUCUUUCUUAAAAUGAGGUAUGUCAUAAUAUCUGAUGUAAAGGUUGAAGGGUGCAGUUAAAGAAAGAAAUAAAAUGUUUAAAUCAUA